AUGAACAAAGAUCGCCGCGGUAUAGCGGCCAUAUUACGAGAGAACUCCUUAAAACUGCUCGCAAACUCAACCAUGGUCGUAUUCCAGUGGAACAGAAGUCGCUACCGCUGCUUCUGCUGCAAAGAACCAUUUUCCAACUUCAACGAACUGCGCUUACACACAAAUAACGAGCACAACAUUCAAGAUAUAGAAAAAGUUAUAAUAUCCCAGCAAAAUAAACUCUUGAAGGUCGAAAUAUCUGUUUUGAAGUGUAAGAGAUGUAAUUUGACGCUAACAGACCUGAACGAUUUAUACAAUCACUUAAUAUUACACGAGUUUUCGUUAAACAUCAAAGACAAUUUACUUAUACCGUUUAAAAUCGAGAGCAGCGGCCUGGAAUGUCAAAUAUGCUCACAGACGUUCAACAUGUUCCGCUUACUGAAUAUCCACGUGAACCAACACUUCCAGAACCACGUGUGCCAUAUUUGCGGUGCCGGUUUCACGAACCUGGUCUUCCUCAACCUCCACAAGACGAGGAACCACAGACCGUUCAACUGUAACGAAUGCAAAAUUGAGUUCAAAUGUCGCAGUGAUAAAAGGAAACAUGAUGUCACAAGUCACAAUGUUAAAUUUGAGAGAAAACCGAGGUUCCCAUGUCCGUACUGCAGCGAGAGGUUCUACCAGGAGAACUUCAGGGUUCUGCAUCUGGUGGAGAAGCAUGGGUUGGAGAAGCCGGAACAUAGAUGCGCGAUAUGCUGUAAGACCUUCGUCACGAGGAGUUUGCUGAACAACCAUAUGAGGUAUGUGCACUUGAAAGAGAAGAACCAAGAGUGCGAUUUGUGUGAUAGCGUAUUUUACACGAAGUCUGACGUCGCAAGGCACAGAGUAACUCACACUGGCGAGAAGAAGUUCCUUUGUAACUUAUGUAAUAACCCUUUUGCUACUAAGGACUCUUUAAGGCGUCAUGCUAGACGGACGCAUUCUGUUAUUAAUUAA